UUUACGCCGCGGACACGGGAGAGUUAAGCCAAUAAACACGUAAGCGCCGCUCCCUCCCCAAUCGGCAAGAUGCCUCUCCGGCUCUUGGCUGCAUCGACAGCUUGCAACACUCGGCAUCUUUUCUGGAGGCGCCUCCUUCAGCGGCUGCAGAUGGCAUUCGGCUGCGGGCUCCGGGCUCGCAAUUGAUUCUCCGCCUUGCCUACCUCGAGUCCACGGACGCACCUCUUCCGUCCCCGCCCCCUCCUCUCGCGCUCCUGGGUCCCAGCCCAGCUCCCGGAUCGGCCGGCGAAGGAAGCAGUCGCAGCGGCCGAAGCUGAGCAGCAGCACACUCGCUCCGUGACCCGGAGAGAGGCGCCCACCCGGGGAAGAGCCGACCACCCGGCUGUCUUCAGCGCCCGCCACCUUUUGGACCUCAGGUAGGGGGCCUCAGGGACCCCCUUCCCUCUCCCAGGCGCAACCAUGCUGGACCCUUCGUCCAGCGAAGAGGAGUCGGAUGAGAUCGUAGAAGAGGAGAGCGGCAAGGAGGUGCUGGGCUCGGCCGCGUCCGGAGCUCGCCUGUCUCCCAGCCGCACCAGCGAGGGCUCGGCCGGCGGCGCCGGGCUUGGAGGCAGUGGUGGCGGCGCCGGGGCCGGGAUGGGCGCCGGCGGUGGCGCGGGUAGCAGCGGGAGCAGCGGCGCAGGGGCCGGGGGUCUGCAGCCCAGCAGCCGCGCCGGCGCCGGCCGGCCCUCCAGCCCCAGCCCGUCGGUGGUGAGCGAGAAGGAGAAGGAAGAGUUGGAGCGACUGCAGAAGGAGGAGGAGGAGAGGAAGAAGAGACUGCAGCUGUACGUGUUCGUGAUGCGCUGUAUCGCCUACCCCUUCAACGCCAAGCAGCCCACCGACAUGGCUCGCCGGCAGCAGAAGAUCAGCAAACAGCAGCUGCAGACUGUCAAAGACCGGUUUCAGGCUUUCCUCAAUGGGGAGACCCAGAUCGUGGCCGACGAAGCCUUCAUGAAUGCCGUCCAGAGCUACUACGAGGUGUUCCUGAAGAGUGACCGUGUAGCCCGCAUGGUGCAGAGUGGAGGCUGCUCUGCCAAUGACUCACGGGAAGUCUUCAAGAAGCACAUCGAGAAAAGGGUCCGCAGCCUGCCUGAAAUUGAUGGCCUCAGCAAGGAGACUGUGCUGAGUUCUUGGAUGGCCAAGUUUGACGCCAUCUACCGUGGGGAAGAGGAUCCCAGAAAACAGCAGGCCCGAAUGACGGCCAGCGCAGCUUCGGAGCUAAUUCUGAGUAAGGAGCAACUCUAUGAAAUGUUCCAGAACAUCCUUGGGAUCAAGAAGUUUGAACAUCAACUCUUGUACAACGCCUGCCAGCUGGACAACCCAGAUGAGCAAGCAGCCCAGAUUAGACGAGAACUGGAUGGACGUCUCCAAAUGGCAGACCAAAUAGCUAAGGAACGCAAAUUUCCCAAGUUUGUAUCCAAAGAAAUGGAAAACAUGUACAUUGAAGAGCUGAAGUCAUCUGUCAACCUGCUAAUGGCCAAUCUGGAGAGCAUGCCGGUGUCCAAAGGUGGGGAGUUCAAACUGCAGAAACUCAAACGCAGCCACAACGCCUCCCUCAUUGACAUGGGUGAGGAGAGCGAGAACCAGCUCUCCAAGUCAGACGUCGUGCUGUCUUUCUCCUUAGAGGUGGUGAUCAUGGAAGUGCAAGGUCUCAAGUCCUUGGCACCAAAUCGCAUUGUGUAUUGUACCAUGGAGGUGGAGGGAGGUGAGAAACUGCAGACUGACCAGGCUGAGGCUUCGAAACCCACCUGGGGCACUCAGGGGGACUUCUCCACGACCCACGCACUGCCGGCUGUGAAGGUUAAGCUGUUCACGGAGAGCACAGGUGUCCUGGCCUUAGAAGACAAGGAGCUUGGGCGGGUUAUUCUCCAUCCCACCCCAAACAGCCCGAAACAGUCAGAGUGGCACAAAAUGGCUGUCUCCAAAAACUGCCCUGAUCAAGAUCUCAAAAUCAAACUUGCUGUCCGAAUGGAUAAGCCUCAGAACAUGAAGCAUUCUGGGUAUUUGUGGGCCAUCGGCAAGAAUGUUUGGAAGAGAUGGAAGAAAAGAUUUUUUGUCUUGGUGCAGGUCAGUCAGUACACGUUUGCCAUGUGCAGUUACCGGGAGAAGAAAGCGGAGCCUCAGGAGCUUCUCCAGCUGGAUGGCUACACCGUGGACUACACCGACCCCCAGCCAGGUUUGGAGGGUGGCCGAGCUUUCUUCAAUGCAGUCAAAGAAGGAGACACAGUGAUAUUUGCAAGUGAUGAUGAACAAGACCGCAUCCUGUGGGUACAAGCCAUGUACCGGGCCACCGGACAGUCACACAAGCCUGUGCCCCCCACCCAAGUCCAGAAACUCAAUGCCAAGGGUGGAAAUGUACCACAGCUGGAUGCUCCCAUCUCUCAAUUUUACGCAGAUAGAGCUCAAAAACAUGGCAUGGAUGAAUUUAUCUCUUCCAACCCCUGUAACUUUGACCACGCUUCCCUCUUUGAGAUGGUGCAACGCCUUACUUUGGAUCACAGACUUAAUGAUUCCUAUUCUUGCCUGGGCUGGUUCAGUCCUGGCCAGGUGUUUGUACUAGAUGAGUAUUGUGCCCGGAACGGAGUCCGCGGGUGUCACCGACAUCUCUGCUACCUCAGAGACUUGCUGGAACGGGCAGAAAAUGGCGCCAUGAUUGACCCCACCCUCCUUCACUACAGCUUUGCCUUCUGCGCAUCCCAUGUUCAUGGGAACAGUCAACAAAUGCAUGUGUAUUUUAGUGGGCUGAUACCAAACACAGACCCUGAAGGGGGCAAAACUCCUUCCCCGCCUGAACCAGAGACCAAAAAAGAAACCAAAAAGGAGUCCAAAAAAAGAAAAGAUUUCAAAAUCCAGGCAAAUCAGGAGCCCAAAAGGCCCGAUGGAAUUGGAACUGUGACUGUUGAAGAAAAGGAACGUUUUGAAGAAAUCAAGGAGAGGCUCCGCGUCCUGUUGGAAAAUCAGAUAACACAUUUUAGGUAUUGCUUUCCAUUUGGUCGACCUGAAGGUGCUUUAAAAGCUACUCUGUCACUCUUGGAAAGGGUUUUGAUGAAAGAUAUUGUUACCCCAGUGCCACAAGAAGAGGUUAAAACAGUUAUUCGCAAAUGUCUAGAGCAGGCUGCUUUGGUCAACUAUUCACGGCUCUCAGAGUAUGCCAAAAUUGAAGGGAAAAAGAGAGAAAUGUAUGAGCAUCCUGUCUUCUGCUUGGCCUCCCAAGUGAUGGAUUUAACCAUUCAAAAUGUAGGCCGGUUAAUCACUCCUGCCAAAAAACUUGAAGACACAAUACGUCUUGCUGAAUUAGUCAUUGAAGUUCUUCAGCAAAAUGAGGAGCACCACGCAGAGGCCUUCGCGUGGUGGUCAGACUUAAUGGUGGAGCAUGCGGAGACAUUCCUGUCGCUCUUUGCGGUGGACAUGGAUGCAGCGUUAGAGGUGCAGCCCCCAGACACGUGGGACAGUUUUCCACUGUUUCAGCUGCUGAAUGAUUUUCUCCGUACUGACUAUAAUUUGUGCAAUGGAAAAUUCCACAAACACCUGCAAGACCUGUUUGCCCCACUUGUUGUUAGAUAUGUGGAUUUGAUGGAAUCCUCAAUUGCACAGUCCAUUCACAGGGGCUUUGAGCGGGAGUCAUGGGAACCAGUCAAUAAUGGAUCAGGCACUUCAGAAGACCUAUUCUGGAAACUCGAUGCCCUUCAGACAUUCAUUCGAGACUUGCACUGGCCUGAAGAAGAGUUUGGAAAGCACCUAGAACAACGGCUGAAGUUGAUGGCAAGUGACAUGAUUGAAUCUUGUGUUAAAAGAACCAGGAUUGCAUUUGAAGUUAAGCUGCAAAAAACCAGCCGAUCAACAGAUUUUCGAGUCCCGCAGUCAAUAUGCACCAUGUUUAAUGUGAUGGUUGAUGCCAAAGCUCAGUCAACAAAACUUUGCAGCAUGGAAAUGGGCCAAGAGCAUCAAUACCAUUCAAAAAUAGAUGAACUAAUUGAAGAAACUGUUAAAGAAAUGAUAACACUCUUGGUUGCAAAGUUCGUUACUAUCUUGGAGGGAGUGCUGGCAAAAUUAUCCAGAUAUGAUGAAGGGACUUUGUUUUCCUCUUUCCUGUCGUUUACUGUGAAGGCAGCCUCCAAGUAUGUGGAUGUACCUAAGCCUGGCAUGGACGUGGCCGAUGCCUACGUGACUUUCGUCCGUCACUCUCAGGAUGUCCUGCGUGAUAAGGUCAAUGAGGAGAUGUAUAUAGAAAGGUUAUUUGAUCAAUGGUACAACAGCUCCAUGAACGUGAUCUGCACCUGGUUGACGGAUCGGAUGGACUUACAGCUUCACAUUUAUCAGUUGAAAACACUAAUUAGGAUGGUGAAGAAAACCUAUAGAGACUUCCGAUUGCAAGGGGUCCUGGACUCCACCUUGAACAGCAAGACCUAUGAAACCAUCCGGAAUCGUCUCACUGUGGAAGAAGCCACGGCGUCUGUGAGCGAAGGGGGGGGCCUCCAGGGGAUCAGCAUGAAGGACAGCGAUGAGGAAGAUGAGGAAGACGAUUAGACCCUCGGUUCUACACUCCCUGAGGAUACAGUCCUGUAAUCAAUGCAUGUCCUUAGUCUGUUAGUUAACCCCAUUAGGGAAUUUCUGUCAACUACCAUGACCAUGAAACGUUUACUAAUACAAUUGCCAUCUUAGCUAUGUGGUACCAAGAUUAGCAAAUGACCUUUGAAUCCACUGAGUUCCUGAUUUCUGUGUCUCUAUGUUUACAAGCAAUAUGAAGCACCAUUCUUUAACUACUGUUCCUGGAGAAUACAUAGUCCACCUGCUAGGUGUGUCCCUGUUGUCAGCAAAUGAUGCUUCAUCCGUGUACUGCGCGCAUUGAUGGCCAAUGGAUGUGAGGGCGAGUAUGCCAAGUACCUUCACUGCUUUGUUUCAAGUGUGUGGAUGCCGGUUAUUUAAGUGAGUGUAACAGUAAAUUCACCAAGACACAUAGAUUUGCUUUGUGUUUUUGAAAAUCAAAAGGCAAGGCGCCAGCUGCAAACUUUUAGUUCUUUCUGUUCCCUUUAAAAUUUAACAAGAAAAAUGGACCCCUAGUGUCCUUGUUAACCCAUUCUCUGAUUUACCCAUAUGGUUAGCCACAACGGCUGUGUACCAAUGGAUUGAUUCUCUCAAUUGCCACGGGAAGGGAGCGAUCCUAUCAUAACUUCACAUCAAGCACAGUUCGGAGCAACCGUCUUCUGUCCAAGAUGAUCCUCUUCAAUGUUUCAUUUUGCUUUUAUGUUUCAAUAACUGUGUAUGUAAAAAAAUGGAAUAUUUAAAUUACAAUCUUAGACUAUAAAUGUGUUUAUAAUAAGAUACGGAUGUUUCCUUUGGUAGAUUGUAACCAUAAUUUAAAUUAUUUUGGCCCACACUGGUUUUUAUAUCUGUCAUGUACAUUGCAUUGCGACCUGUCGCUGCGCGGCCCUGGGGUUUGGCUGCCUAGUUAGUUCUUUUCUGUGUAAAGUAGUGGAUCCAUUGCUUUUGCCUUAUAUAAAGCCAACAGUUAUGAAAGUGUGGAAGACUGUGGCUUCUCAAUAAA